AUGGGCCAAGCGCAAAGGGGCAAAAGCAAGCCUGCACAAGCCGACACAAGUCAACAUGGCAAGCGCCAUGUAUAUACAAUAGCCUGCGUGAGGAAAAGGAUGAGCGAAGCCACCAUCCCGGCCGGUUCCGGGGUAGGUGGUAGAGACAACACGAUCGGCUUAUUUACCCCGCCGAAGGGUACCGAGGACUUCGGCCAGAGGGUUAUGCUUCUUCGACUUUGGGGGAGACGGUACCCCCCGCGGAACGCGGCCCCAUCGGAUCGGAAUGCCGUUGUUACUAUCCGAAGUCCCUACUUCUCCCCCGUGGGGACACCAGACUCCUCCACAAUUAUAUGGAGAGUGGGGAUGUGGUAG